CUCGCGCGGGUUCCCGGAACCCGGAACUGCCCGGAACAGCACAGGCUGACCAAGCAGUUAUUCAUCUGUUCGAAAAAGUCAAACGCGAACGCCAAUAUCAAUAAGGAGUCAGACGCUAGCAGACGAACAGAUCAAAACAAACAAAGCAUUUUCUUGAGAAAAGAGAGCAGUUCCCAAAUACAAUUGAAGAGUUUAAGGAAUCUCUUGAACCUAUGUGAACAAAUGACACCAAGCCAUGAGUAAAAGGAAGAAUCCGUCCGUAGAGGGAAACCUAAACCAUGACAUUUCUGAUUUUUUGAGUGAACUAGCAAAUUAUGAGAAGAAUCUGAAUAGGAACAUUCACAAGUAUAAUGCAUAUCGGAAAGCAGCCAGUUCUAUAUCUGCUCAUCCAACUAGACUUACUUCAGGAGAAGAGGCACGAAAAUUGGAUGGCGUUGGUUUGAAGAUAUCUGAGAAGAUAGAUGAAUAUCUGACCACUGGAAAAUUACGAAAACUGGAUAAGAUUCAUCAAGAUGAUACGAGCACUGCUGUUAACCUUCUCACCAGAGUGUCAGGUAUUGGACCAGCCAAAGCCAAAGAACUUGUUGACUCUGGUAUUAAAACUAUCGAGGAUUUGCAGCAAUGCAAGGAAAAGUUAAAUCACCAUCAGCUGAUAGGUCUUAAAUACUUUAAUGACUUUGAGAAGAAAAUACCCCGAGGCGAAAUAGAAAAAGUAGAGAACAUUCUUUUUGAUGAAAUAUCUGCUUUGGACUCAAACUAUAUUGUGACUAUCUGUGGCAGCUAUAGGAGAGGAAAAUUGGAAAGUGGUGAUAUUGAUGUACUCAUUACUCAUCCAUCUUUCACAUCGGAUGUUAAACCGAAAUCAAAAGCAUACCUUUUGAAUAAUGUUAUUGACUGCCUUGAGAAAUGUGGUCUAAUAUGUGACACAAUAAGUCAUGGGGAUGUGAAAUUUAUGGGUGCAUGCAAACUCAGUGAGCAUGAUGUGGUGCGCAGAUUAGACAUUCGCCUCACCCCACAUGAUCAGUACUGGUGCAGUAUUCUGUAUUUUACUGGUAGCGAUAUGUUCAAUAAAGAGAUGCGCACACAUGCCCUCCAGAAAAGAUACACAUUGAAUGAGUAUAGUCUUCGUCCAAUUGGUUCUACAGGUGUUCCUGGUGAACCUGUAUUCCUUACAAGUGAGAAAGAUAUUUUUGAGUAUAUUGAUUACCCCUACAAACCACCAGAAGAUCGCAGCUUCUAGUGUAAUGAUUGCCGGUUCUACAAGGGAGGAGAAAUGUGUGUGUGUUUGAGGGGCGAAAAGGGGGGGGGGGGAUGUUGGCAAACUUUUUUAUUGUUUCAAAAUUUUAAGCCUGUCUUUUUAAAACCAAAGAUCUCUUAAAUGCACUACUCCACUGAUUAAUGAACUUUUCAAG